AUGACGUCUGCGCAAGAUAUCAGAGUGCUCAAAAAACAUAGAGCGAUCGUCAAAGGCGCGUGCACGCGGAUUCACACAUACAUCGACGCGAUUUCUUUUGCCACUCCGGCUAUUGCUGCUCAGCUUGAGGAACGUAGAAUCAAGUUAGACGAAUAUUGGUCACAAUAUAACACAAUACAAGCGAAGAUAGAGUUGCUUGACGAAAAUGAGGGCAAUGACCGGAUCGGCUUCGAGGAAGCCUCCGCGGGCGCAACCGACACAACCGAUAUCACUGCUAUGUCGGGCGCAUUCAAUCGAUCGGAAAAUCAUUGCAGUGUCAGAUUGCCUAAGUUGAAUCUUCCAAAGUUUUCCGGCAAAUACGAUGAAUGGUUUCCAUUCUACGAUUCAUUUAAUUCAAUUAUACAUUCAAACGCGUCAAUCAGUGACAUACAAAAAUUACAACAUUUAAAGUCUACACUUACCGGUGACGCGAGUGGCGUAAUCAGUGCAUUGGAAAUUUCCGCCGCAAAUUAUCAAAUAGCAUGGGAUAUUUUAAAGGAACGUUAUGAUAACAGACGAAUGAUCGUUCACACGCACAUUAAAGCAAUAUUAGAUUUACCCUCGCUCACCAAGGAAGAUUCAACCGAGCUGCGUCGAAUCGCGGACGGGGCAAUCCGACAUGUACAAGCCCUCAAGGCACUUAAAUGUACUGAAACUCCCACAUUUAAACAAUUUAACGAUUUUAUUUCUCAACAUUGUUUGGUGUUAGAGAUCACAAACAAGGUCAGUCUCGCUUCCAAGGACACUAACAAAAAUUCACAAACCAACGCAAAACGACAAUCCACAUGUGCAGCAACAGUCAAAUCCAAGUGCAACUAUUGCAAGGGCGAGCAUCCCAUGUAUUACUGCAAGGAGUUUUUGGCACUGCCAAUCAAGCAAAGGACGGUAGAGGUACGCAAUCGUAAACUUUGUGUCAACUGUCUCCGCUCUCCGAUGCAUUCAUUGGACAAAUGCACAUCUAGAGGUUGCAAAAUUUGCAAAAUCAAACACAAUACGUUGUUGCAUACGAGCACCAGCUCGGCGAAGGAUCACUCCGGCACUUCCGGCACAGGGGAAUCAAGCAUACAAAAUUCCACGACAGCCGUGACGACACAUUCGUCGAACAUUCAAGGCAAAGAUCAUAUCAUGCUUUCCACAGCUGUGGUCAAUGUCAUUGCCUCCGAUGGCACGUCACAUUCAUGUCGAGCUUUAUUAGAUUCUGGAUCUCAAGCAAGUUUCAUUUCUAGACAACUCGCCGCAACUCUUGGUUUACCGCUACGCCCGCUAAACGUCACAAUAUCUGGUGUCAACAGUACCUCAUCAAAUGCUACAAUGGCGACCAAGGACGAGGACUGCAUAGUAACAGAGCGGAUAACCGAGAAGCUUCCACUAACUACUUCAAGGCGUGGAGACUACAACAUUCCUCGAAACCUCAAGCUAGCGGACCCCCAUUUCAACGUUUCCUCCAAGGUCGACAUUUUGAUCGGAGCAGAAAUAUUUUGGGAGUUACUUUGCAUAGGACAAAUCGAGGCCACUCACAGCCAUCCAACUCUGCAAAAAACAAGAUUAGGAUGGAUUCUGGCUGGACGUCGCAGCAUCACAGCGGCGCCUGCAGAAAACGUGCGAGCAUUCACCACAGUCAUAUCCAAUGCUCAACUGCACGAUCAACUAACACGGUUCUGGCAAAUUGAACAUCUCGGCAAUCAAGUCGUGAACAACAAGGACGAUGCUUACUGCGAGGAGCAUUUCGAAGCUAACGUUGGACAGAACGAACAAGGCAGAUACAUAGUAAAACUUCCAAUCAAGGAAGAAUUAAUCGGCAACCUUGGCAGCACAAGGGACAUCGCAUUGCGACGCUUACAAGGAACAGAGGGUCGGUUCAUACGAGAUCCCAACUUAAGGGACCAAUAUGUCAACUUCAUGGACGAAUAUUUGAAACUAGGACACAUGAAGGAAGUCAGCGUGUCUCCACUUGAGGAUACAGCAUCUUUCUACUUGCCUCAUCAUGGCGUCUUCAAGGGCGCUAAACAGUCAUCCAAGAUUCGUGUCGUUUUCGACGCUUCAAGUAAGAGCGACACAGGAUUAUCAUUAAACGACGUCUUGAGAGUCGGCCCAGUGGUGCAGCAAGAUUUGAUGUGCUCAUACACCCUUCGCAAACAUCUCUUCAAAGAAUUUUGUGGCGCAGCGACUCCAAGGCGGACAUCAAGACAUAUACUGAUGACAGUGACCUAUGGCACGUCAUCGGCUUCUUUUCUCACAACCAGGUGCAUCAAACAUCUAGCCGAUCAUCAUUCAUCCACGUUUCCCAUUGGAUCAGCGUGUAUAAGGCGCGACUUCUAUGUCGACGAUCUACUAACCGGUGCAGACACCAUCCAAGAAGCGGAGACUCUUCGAGAUGAAGCGAUCGAACUACUGAGGCUAGGCGCAUUUGAGCUUGGAAAAUGGACUUCCUACACCCCAGAAUUGCUGGACGCAACACCCAAUAGAAAUGACAAACCCGUUGUCAUCGACGACGACGAAAGCGCUCACAUCUUGGGGAUCAAAUGGAACGCCAACACAGACACGUUACAUUUUUCAUACGACCCUGUCAUGUCACAUGACGCAAUUUCAAAACGGAAAAUUCUAUCGGACGUUUCCAAAUUGUACGAUCCGUUAGGCUUACUUGGUCCAAUCAUCGUCAACACCAAGUUAAUAUUGCAAGAUCUCUGGCGAGCAGGCAUUGAUUGGGACGAGUCAGUUCCUCAGAACUUACACGUACGAUGGAUCACCUUCAAGUCGCAGUUGACAGAGCUCAACCAGCAAUUCCCAGACGUGUCAAAUACAGCAUUGAACGUCAACAUAUACAAAUACAUGACUUCUGUGAUGCCAGUCAAAAUGCAUAUGGAGCCUGCGUGUACAUACGGAUUGAGUUCGAUGCGAACAAGUAUCGUUCAGAACUUCUUUGCUCCAAAUCAAGAAUUGCACCGUCGAAGGCUGUAUCAUUGCCAAGGCUAG